AUGUCUCCGUCCACUCCGACAGAGAGGACCUCCAGGUCAGAUGAUCAUGUCGCUUACCUCGCCGCUACUUCACCUCCAAAUCCCACUGAAAUCCCUUAUUCGUCAUUCACGCUAUACCAACGAUACUUGAUUGUCACACUUGCAUCUAUAUCAGCUACUUUUAGUGGAUUCGCAUCCAAUAUCUAUUUCCCAGCGAUUCCAAUCAUCGCUAAAUCAUUAAAUACGACUGAAUCAAAUAUCAAUUUAACAGUCACUUCGUAUAUGGUCUUCCAAGCCAUCUCACCUACUUUCUGGGGCGCCGUAUCUGAUGUAUAUGGAAGACGACUUACCCUAUUAUGCACCAUGAUAGUGUUCUUAUCAGCUUGUAUAGGUUUAGCACUUUCAACUGAAUUUUAUCAACUUAUCAUUUUGAGAUGUCUACAAAGUUCAGGAAGCGCAAGUACUAUCGCAAUUGGAGCAGGAAUGAUAGGUGACAUAACUACAAGAGAAGAAAGAGGUGGUUAUAUGGGCAUAUUUCAAACUGGUUUAUUAUCACCUCUUUCUAUCGGGCCUAUCUUGGGAGGGAUCUUCGCUGAGACGUUAGGUUGGAGGUCAAUAUUUUGGUUCCUCACAAUAUACUCUGGAAUAUACUUGAUAAUCUUAUUCCUUCUAUUACCUGAAACUUUGCGUUCGAUAGUUGGUAAUGGAUCUAUACCACCAUAUCAAUUAUCGAAAUCACCUCUUGAAAGGAUUACCGCUAAUCGAACUCCACUACCAACUAAUAACACCACCACCACCACCACCACCGAAACAACACCAAAAACCAAAAAUAAGAAAUUGAAAAUUGAUUUUAUAGCACCUAUACGUAUUUUAUUCGAAAAGGAAGUGAUAUUCGUUUUGGUCUUCUUAUCGAUACAUUAUGCUACUUGGCAAAUGGCUUUAACUGUUCAGUCUACUCUGUUUAUGAACAUCUAUCAUCUGAAAGAAUAUCAAAUUGGUUUAACUUUCUUAUCGAAUGGUUUAGGUUGUAUGAUAGGUACUUUGACUACAGGCAAAAUUUUAGAUCGAGACUAUAAGAAAUUCUCGAAUAAACACAAACGACAAAGAGAACAACAACGUCAAGAGUCACUCGCAUCAGUCUCAAGGAACGGAAAUGCAAGUGCAAUACUCAAUUCCAACGCGAACCCGAAUCCUACAGAAAUGACAAAGGAAGAUGAAGAAGAAGACUUCCCCAUUGAAAGAAUCAGAUUGAGAUCGAUAUGGAUAUGGUCACCUAUUCAAUGGAUUUCGACUUUGAUAUUUGGAUGGACAAUUGAUAAAAAUCAACAUAUUUCAUUACCUAUAAUAUCAAGUUUCUUCUUGGCUUGGUCCGCCAUGUCAAUUCAAAGUGUAAUCACAACUUUCCUAGUUGACAUUUUCCCCAACUCAAGUGCGUCAGCAACUGCAUCUUUGAAUUUAGCUAGAUGUCUAAUGGGCGCUUUGACAACUGGUACAAUAGAUAUUUCGAUUAGGUCUAUAGGAACAGGUUGGAGCUUUACAAUCUGGACAUUGUUCAUGGUUCUUUCGCUUGGUUUAGUCGUUGUUCAGAUGAGAUUUGGUGCCGGAUGGAGGAGGCAGAGGGAGAUGAAAGAGAAAGAGAAAACGGUGCACGAUUUAUCAUCUGUGAAAUGA